AUGGGUCGCCGAAAGAUCGAGAUCAAAGCCAUCAAGGAUGACAGGAACCGCUCUGUCACCUUUCUCAAGCGCAAGGGCGGUCUUUUCAAGAAGGCGCACGAGCUCUCCGUCUUGUGCUCCGUCGACGUUGCCGUCAUCAUUUUUGGCCACAACAAGAAGCUAUACGAGUUUUCGUCCGGCGACAUCAACGAGACCAUCGGGAGAUAUCAAUAUUAUGGCGGCGCACACGAACACAAGGGCCCCGAGGACUUUAUGGGCAAAGCUGAUGCAGAUGAAGAUGAGGAAGGCGAAGACGAAGCGCACGCGCAACAGCCGGGCUCCCAUUCGCCACCGGAGCAUCCUAUGAUGAUGCCUCACCCUCUGCAGAACCAACAAUUCCAGCACAUCCGCCAUGCGACCCCGUCCGGGUCGCCCCCUAUGCCAAAUGGCAUGCCUUUCCACCACCGCGCCUCCCCUCAGCCCCAAAACAUUUCUCGCCCGAACUCCCGUGCGCACGUUCGCAGAACGAGUUCGAAUCUCGCCCCUCCUCAGCCCUACCCCCCUCAACCCGCUCCUCCGCCGCAGAACGGCUAUGCGUACAGACCGACCCCUCCCUUUUACACCGGACCGCCCCAGGGCAUGCCGCCGCAAGGCCCUCCAGGUCCGCAUCCGUCGCACCCGCCCCAUCCGCCGCAGCCCGCCUACUCGCACCCGCCCCCGCACGCCCAGGUCCAGCAAGUAUACAUGCAGGAACAGCGCAGACAGUCAAUGCCCCCGGCCUUUUCUCAACCCCCACCGGAACCGCCGCGCCAGGCCUCCGUAGUCCCCUCGCCGCCGCAGCCUGCACAGCACAACUUCCAAAGCCCACCGAUGCCGCAACCCAAGCCUCUCAACGCAGCCGCCCGGAACCAAAGCAUCUUCACUCCCAUCGACGACAGCAGAUCAUUACUUGCCCAACAUUGGGGGCCCAGCACGACUACAGCGGAACCGAUGAAAGCGGAACCGGCGCCCGUCAUGGAACGACCGCAGUCCAUUGAUGUUGCGUCAGUUGGAAAGCACAACCACGUUUCGCCGCAGCAGCCCACUCCUACGUCUCUCCCGAACCAGCCUCAAAGAACCGCAUCAACCUCGUCACUGCCAACCAUUCCGCCUCCCACACGAACGAGCAGCGUAGCCACAGACGCCAAGCGGCCCCGACUCAAGGUUCAGAUUCCCGAUGAGCAUUCCGAGGCCGAGAACACACAUGCUUCCGGUUCUCCCAAGGAUUACAGCACAACAGGCCCCACUCCAGCGAGAGGCAACAACGAAACGUCAAAUGCUUCUGGUGUGGUUUUGCCUCCGCCGUCACCCAGUGCGAGUGCCCUACUCAGCGCAGGAGCAACUGGGCCACCGAACCCAUUCGCUAGGCCCGCCCCUCCUGUCAACAACGCAAACAACAACUCAUCGCAACACAAUCGUAACGAUAACAUGGACACGCCGAUUUCUGCACUUCCCAGCCGCUUCAUGGACGGCGGCCUGCUACCCUCGCCAUCGAGCUUCUACCCGGAGUGGGGCUUCGGCAGCAAUUCGUCAAACAUGCUGCCCAGUCCGUUGACCUUCCAGACCCCGGUGGUGCAAAACGGGCCAAGCUUUCGAGACGAUCCAGAGGAGAGGAAGCGUAAGACGUCCGAAGGUUCCGACGGUGGCGCAAGUAAACGGGUAAAGGCUUGA